AUGGCCUGCUUAGCUAAGGUGGCCUUCGGCAGUCUCCUGUGGCCGGUUCGAGCCGAUGUGCCCGUGCCUUUCUUCGGUCCAGCGCCACCCGGGACAGCCUCCCAAAGCGGCUGCAAGGACCUGAUCCAGGAUUGUGCCGCACUUGGACGACAGCUUUUCGAUAUUGCCGGUCGCUGUCAUUAUCCUGCUGCAGAGCUUUGUAUGAAGACCUGCGGCCUCUGUUUUCGAGUUCGAGCGGCGCGGCGUUGCGCCGUGCUUCAGGUGGAUGCCGGUCGCUUUCAGGCGCAACGCAUCGACUGGGCACAAUUUCUCGGGGCCGCGGUGGAGAGUGUGAGGAACCGACUACCGGGUGCCAGGAUGAUCAGCACCGACAGCCCCGUGCUUGCGGAGUUCCCGGGCUUCUUCAGUGCCGAAGAGGCGCAAGCGCUGGCUGAUGUGGGCUUGGCUGCGGGGUUCCGGCAAGAGGACGAGCUGCCGCCAAGCGAACGGGAUGUGCAGAAGAUAGACUGCGAAAAUCGCAGCUGUCUUCUGAACCCACUGGUCCAGGAGGUGUACCGACGCGUCUCAGACCUUCUAGGCAUCCCUCCCUGGAACUUCGAAUCCAUGGAGUUCUUGCUCUACCGCGAAGGACAGCACUACCGGAGUCACAUGGACGACGAGAACUGGGGCGAGAUGCCCGCCCUCAGUGCAGGACUGCGCGUCCUCACGGUGCUCUUCGUUUUCGCCGAGGCGACGGAGGGAGGCGAAACACGCUUCACGGAGGCAAAUCUCGCCGUCAAGCCAGCAGCAGGCACCGCAAUCAUUUGGGCCAACGUUGCCUCGAACAUUUGGGAGGUGGACCCCUUUUCCAUGCACCGGGCGAUGCCGGUGCGGUCCGGCACGAAGAUCGCUGCCAACUUCUGGGUGCAUCCUUUUGAAUACCGUGCUGCCGAGAGGUACUGCUCUUCGUGA